AUAUUAUAGAUAUAUAUGUGGUGUAUAAAAAGACAAAGUUUUAAAGUAAAAGACGCUGCCACGCUGCGGCACUAUAUUACUCAUUGCUACGGGGGCUACACCACGCGGUUCCUCGACCAAAAAUUUUUUAUUUUUUAUUAUUUUAUAAACAUAUUCCCUACAACAAGUUUUGACUAUUACAGAAAGGUAUUCUGAGACUAUACCAAUAUAUACUGCGCAUUAUUUACUUUUCGGUCUACUGGACUCAUCUCACCCACGUGGCGUGAUCCAAGUAAAAAUGUCCUGUGAUAUUAGAGAAGAAAUAUCUGGAGCCGAAUAUUCGAUGGCUCGAUUGUCUGUGGUGAAUUCAGGUGAAAAUUGUGCUGAUAUUGAUACUGACGCUGAAACUCAGAAUGCGAAGAAACCUUAUGUAAGAAGUAAAGGUGAGACUCGCGGACAAAAAUCGUCAGGGUUGACACACGAGUGUGGAGUGUUUGGUUGUAUUGCUGCCGGUGACUGGCCCUCUCCGAUUGAUGUUGGUCAAGUUAUUUGUCUAGGAUUAGUAGCAUUGCAACACAGAGGGCAAGAAAGUGCUGGGAUAGUAACCAGUGAAGGAAUCUGCGCCAAGUCAUUCCGCGUUCACAAGGGUAUGGGAAUGAUCAAUAACAUCUUCAACGAUGACAGCAUGAAGAAACUCGUUGGUAAUCUUGGCAUAGGUCAUACGCGGUACAGUACCAGCGCAGCUAGUGAGGAAGUAAACUGUCAACCUUUCGUUGUCCAUACUGCUCAUGGAGCUCUGGCUGUUGCUCACAAUGGAGAACUCGUCAACACAGAAUCGCUUAGGAAAAUGGUACUUGGUAGAGGUGUUGGAUUAUCCACGCAUUCAGACUCAGAAUUAAUAACACAAGCGUUGUGUCUAAAUCCUCCAGAAGGUGAAGUAAAUGGUCCCGACUGGCCAGCUCGUAUAAAACACCUGAUGCAAUUAGCUCCGUUGUCUUAUUCUUUGGUAAUUAUGCAGAGAGAUAAAAUUUACGGUGUAAGAGACCCGUAUGGCAAUCGUCCACUUUGCAUUGGGAAAAUUGUUCCUGUAGGUAAACUAGCGGGAAAUGAUUCUGAUGACGACGAAGACGCUGAUGGCUGGGUAAUUUCAUCAGAAUCAUGCGGUUUUUUGAGUAUCGGAGCACGGUUGGUUCGUGAAGUAUUUCCUGGUGAAAUUGUUGAGUUAACUAGGGAAGGAAUAAAGACUAUUGAUAUUGUCGAGAGGCCUGAUAAGAAAGGUCAGGCGUUCUGUAUAUUCGAGUAUGUUUACUUUGCACGAAGUGACAGUAUUUUUGAAGGUCAAAUGGUGUAUUCAGUAAGAAUGCAAUGUGGUAGAGUCCUAGCAAUUGAAUCUCCAAUAGAAGCAGACAUUGUAAGCUCAGUACCUGAGUCAGGAACAGCUGCAGCGCAUGGAUACGCCCUCCAGUCCAAAAUUCCCUUCGCUGAAGUGCUUUGCAAAAAUAGAUACGUCGGAAGAACGUUUAUUCAACCUAGCACGCGGUUAAGGCAGCUUGGAGUUGCCAAAAAAUUCGGAGCACUCUCGGAGAAUUUCAAAGGAAAAAAACUAAUUCUUAUUGAUGAUUCAAUAGUAAGAGGAAAUACUAUUGGCCCUAUCAUAAAACUUCUGCGAGAUGCUGGCGCUAAAGAAGUACACAUACGAAUCGCAUCUCCACCACUAAAAUACCCAUGCUACAUGGGAAUAAAUAUUCCAACUCGUGAAGAGUUAAUAGCAAAUAGACUAGACAGCAUAAAACUUGCGAAGCAUGUUGGAGCAGACUCACUGGCGUAUUUAUCCGUCGACGGACUCGUAGCUGCUGUCAGGAACGGGAUGGAUAAUCGCCACAGUAGUUACGUCGGUCACUGCACUGCUUGUUUGACUGGCGACUAUCCAGAUGAACUGCCCAGUGAUCUUGUUUGGUGAAAAAAACUCAAAUUUAUACCCAGAGCUUUUUAUAAUUAAAAAGUAAAAAUCAAAAUAUUUAAAUAAAAAUAAAACAUUCCAACUUUUGCAGCGCAGCUAAUAAUCAUCGACUUAAAACUAAAAAUAAAAAUAUUAAAAAAAAAAAUGAACCAAUCCAGAACUUGUAAAAUAAAAUUUGUCUUUGUAUUAAAUUUACAAAUAAUUGUAUAUAAAUUACUUGAUAUAAAAAU